GUUAUUUUUAGCCUCGGAAAUAGUCGGGUUCAAAUGUCACAAGUGCAACAAAGCAUGAAGGUAUCUCUGUCAGGUGUAAAAAGCUUAGUUACCGCACGCAUAUGCACGAAACUGUCGUGCUAUUGAAAGUCACAAAUACAUGCACAUGUAACAGCAAAGUCUGUGUUGAAAAUGCAUAACCAUAGAUGGUUAUUGUCAUCAUUUUCUGUGAUGUCUGGAGCCACUUUCAUUCAGAAAGAAUAGUGGGUAUUAUACAUUUUGACUUUAGCAUGAUUUUGCUUGUUCAAUAAACUGGACUGUGCAACUUUGAGACGAAAAGAGCUUUGAAGUUCUACCUGUGUUCCUCUGUGUUAGGCGAGCAAAUCGGGAGAUAGAUAACCGUAUUUGCUUACCGGUUGUACAUUUCGAGGCUCAACAGUGAAAACCGUUUAUACCGUCAUGGAAGGUGUAAACAUGGAUCCUGUAAAUAGUGUGAACACGGAUGAGCGAACCAGCUCAGGAGCGGUUUUGGCACCGGCCGAUGACGAGACUUUGUCUAGGAUUCCGCAUAAAUGGCCCAAAAUUGCAGCGGUAUCCGUUGUGGUCGCCCUUCUCUUCAUAGGUGUAGCUGUGUUUUUGGGCAUUAGAUAUGGUCGAGGAAUAACCAGAUCCCUUUGUGUUACUGAUCAAUGUAACAAAUCCGCGGCCAUCGUUCUGAGCAGCAUGGACAGGAGCCAGGAUCCUUGCCAUGACUUCUUCGAGUACGCAUGCGGAGGUUGGAACAAGCAACAAGUAAUCCCUGACAACAAGCUAGAAGUCGACAGAUUCAGCCAACUAAAUGACGACUUACAAGAAAAGAUUAAAGGACUGAUUGAACGAGAUCCACAACCAGUCGAACCUGCAUCCUUCUCGCAAGCUAGAAAAUACUACAGCGCCUGCCUCGACCAAGACACCAUCAACGACCUUGAAGCCACUCCUCUGAUUGACAUUCUGGACUCCCUUGGUGGAUGGCCAGUCCUCGGGUCAAACCCUGGCGGUAACUGGUUCCAAAGCUCCUACCUGUUCGAGAAACUGUGGGCGACUCUUAGUUCCCAAUAUGAUGUAAAACCGAUCAUUUCAACUGGAGUCCAAAUUAACAUUGAAAACAGCAGAGAAUACAUUCUCCAGGUUAAUGUUCCAGAUUUCACAGUUCCGACCGAGUUUCGUCUAGAGAGACAGAAGCAAGUCUCUACUCUGAUUCCGGAGUCUAUUUCUAAAGAUUUCGGCCGACAUAUGCUCCUGCUAGCAGACCUAGAAGACAAAAGAGCUGCCUACCUUCGGUACAUGAUCGACAUUGCCGUAGCUCUGGGUGGAGAGAGGACUGGGGUCAUUAGAGACAUGAGGGACGUGUUGGAGUUUGAAAAGACGCUAGCGCGGCACGCUGAAGAUGCGUCUGUCGACACUGAUGACUUACCUGAAACAAAAACUCGCAGUGAUCUUCAACUGGUCUACAAUGAGAUCAACUGGGCACAUCUCUACCAGUAUCUCCUACCAUCAAGCGUCCAACCACCAGUUUCAAGCGAAGAACCCAUCUUUGUCGUUUCCCCAUCUUAUCUCAGGAAUGUUGACACACUGCUGGGUCGGACGGAUGAAAGGGUUGUAGCGAACUAUAUGAUCUGGCAGCUUGUGAACAGCCUGGUGCCCUAUCUCGGAGUUAACUACACUAUGAUCUAUCAGAAAUACUUAAAUGAUACAUUCGGGAAGGCGGCAGCUUCCGACCGCUGGAGGCGUUGCGCUUACGAAACCAACAGUGUGGUGCCAUUUGCUACCGGCAGGAUGUAUGUGGACGAAUACUUCAAAACAAACACCAAGACAACGACAGAGCAGAUGGUUGGUGACUUACGGAAAGCACUGAGGGUCAUGCUGGGGCGAGUCAGCUGGUUGAUUUCCAGUGAUCAGCGUAAAGCCCAGGAAAAGCUUGAUGCAAUGGGGAUCAAUGUUGGCUAUCCGGAAUGGCUGGAGGUUGACACUACCAUCGACGCCAAAUCCGCCGAUUUGAGCGUCACAAACACGUACUUCACCAACAUUCGGAACUACCGCAGGCGAGAGGCACAGACGAAACUGGGCCGCUUGCGACUGCCCGUUGAUAAAUCUUUGUGGUCGGUGACUGGACCAGCUGUGGUUAAUGCGUUCUACAGUCCCUGGGACAAUGGAAUAGUUGUACCGGCUGGUAUCCUCCAACCGCCCUUCUAUCAUCCUGACCUGCCACGGUACUCCAAUUUUGGCGGCAUCGGAGCUGUACUCGGGCACGAGAUAACACAUGGCUUUGACAACACAGGGAGACAGUUUGAUAAAAACGGUAACAUCGCAGACUGGUGGAGUUUAUCGUCUGUCAUAGGUUUUCAAGAUGCAGCGCAGUGCUUGGUGGACCAGUACUCCAAUUUCGUCAUGCCUGAGAACGGCAAGAGUGUUGACGGAGAGCAAACCGAGGGUGAGAACAUUGCAGACAAUGGUGGAGUGCGAGAGGCAUAUAAGGCUUACCAGGAUAUUAACGCGCGUCAACGGAAACAGUUACCCGGAUUGCAAGAUCUAACCGACGAACAAAUGUUCUUCCUGUCUUAUUCACAGGUGUGGUGCGGUGUUUUGACGCGUGCAGGGGCAGACCUUCAGGUGAAAACUGGAGAGCACAGCCCAAAUCGUUUCAGGGUCAUUGGUCCGUUGCAAAACAACGAAGACUUCACAAGUGCGUUCAACUGCCCCUAUGGGAGCCACAUGAGGCGAAGCCGUAGGUGCAAAGUGUGGUACUAACUGUUCGGCGAGAUGCCGCUGUCGGUUCUGUUGUCCAGGGUGCUCUGCCAUGUUUCGAUAUAUCAUAUACAUGAUAAAAAUAUACCAUAAUCAGUCUUACACUGUGCGGAAAAUAAUAGUUCACUGCGAAAUAGAACGCAAAUAGCACAUUGCAGAUUUGGAAAUGCAGUCAAAGCACCCGAAGACAACUCUCUGCUGGAGGUCGUCAACUGCUACGAUCGAUUGUUGAAGGUUUAACCUCUUUUCUAAGGAAUGGGCUUGUGGUUGAUUGCUCAACUUGAAAUACGCAAGGAAAAUUGAUUAGUUUUGUUAAAUACAUGAUGUCAUCAGGUAUUUUUACUCGAUCUAGAAAUACACAAAAUUAGAUGUAUGCAUGGUGUUGAUGUAGAAAAGUGGUUAAAAAUGAGAAAAGUACAGUUUUGCCCUCUUCUGAAUAAAAGACUUUCUGUUUUCAGUGGAGGUUAUUGGAGUUCACUAAACUUAAACCCUUGAGGCAUUGACUUUUUUCAAAAGAUCAUAAUUAUUAAAAUUUAACCAGAUACGUUCUUUUAUAAACACAACAAUAAUGGCAAUGUUGCAAUCUCCACUCAAAAGUAAACGGGUACCAGUGAGGCAGGCACAGUAUAACUGCAGCACUGUAAAAUAAUACUGUUAAAUGCCAGUAUUAUACUGUAUUAUUGCAACAUUACACAAACGUAUUUGUUACACUUAUUUACUGUGCUUUUGUGAAUGCAGUAUAAUACUGUAUAUUUGACAGUAAUGUUUUACGGUAUAAAGUUUGACCUCAAUUUGCAUACUGACACAAGUGGGGUGUUGCUAUUUUUGCCAAGAAAUUUUGCGGUUUUUCCAUUCUUUAUGGGAGUACUUGACAUUUAUCUGACAAAUGUUUGUGCUUUUUGGAUGUAGUUUUACACGGAAACGCGAACCAUUAUCUAAAAAUUUAAGUCGAACGUGAAAAGUGAAAAAUCUUACUUUUUCAUACUCCAACCACGAUUGAACUUGUGAGCCUAAAAAUGCACAUAAUUACAUACUAUACCAGUGCGUCUUAAGAAUGUAAAUAAAGUUCUGCUCUGAUCAAGGCUUUUGAAGUAUGUGUCUGAGGAAUGUAUAUCAAAUACGUAAUUAGAUUUGAAAAUUAUACCUAAAUACACAUGUAGAAUGAUCCCGUAAUCAAUGAAACGGUAGCUUGCUGUGUCUAAUGUCUACAUCAAAUUAAUGUAACUAGUUGAGAUGAGAUAAGUUACAUAAGUUACGGUUGUUUUAACAGCUAGUUAUUGUCAAAUAAAUGACAGCGAUUUACCGUAAGAAAAUCUACUGUAAAUCAUUAACAGUAUUCUACUGGCGCCCGUGCUGCCAUUAAAGUACGGUGAAAAUUUCCAGGAAAAAUUUUACAGUGUGUUUGCGCCAACAUGGCAGCAUCGGGCUAGUAUACUUCCCAGGGAGCUGAGUUGGUUUCAAGAAUUUUAGAUGAUGUGAGCCCAAUGUGCAGGGAUCGUCUCGAAAUAGUUUUCUAGAUAGAUGUCGAUAGAUGGCUUUUUACAAGUGUUUGUCAUUAAUGGAAAGUGUGAAAAGAGGUAGUUUAGAAUAAAAAGAAAAACAAGUAAA